GCCAAGAUGUCCUGGCGCCUAGAAAAAUAAACACAAGAUGACUCCAAAAGUGCUUCAAUAUUUCAUUAGCCUAACUUAUAAAUAUAAGCAGAAAUGUGUAUUUCUAUAAAUACAAGUGUGUAAACGACUUUUAUUUUGGAAUAGGAGAGGAUGCAUUUGAGCGGAAGUAAAACGUGAGAAAUUCUGAAUGCGUGAACUGUUUCAUUUACUUUAUAUUUUUAAAAUAAUAAGGAGUAUGGACCUUAAGAUGGUAACCUUCUGAGGUUCUUAAUGGAUCGUUUUGAGGAAGAUUUAGUUGAGGCCCUUAAAGACGUUGUAAGGGCCAGAAACUGGCAGUGUAUUGGAGACGCAUCGAAAUUCAAGACCCCAUGCACGAAGUUGUACUCAGAAGAUGGACAACACAUCGUUCUUGUGCGCUCGGACGACGGACGGUUUUGGGCUAUGGAUUCAUCAUGCCCACAUGAAGGAGGGCCACUUGAUCAAGGAGACAUCGAGGACCUGGGCAAUGGCAGGCUGGCAUUGAUAUGUCCCUGGCACUGUUUUGAAUUUAGCCUGGAGACAGGUUCCUCUUCCACAGGACUGCAGAAUCACGUCUACAAUGUCAGAGUAACGGAUGGAAAGAUAUAUAUUAACACUCAGCAUACCUUGACCCUCUACCCUAUUCCAGCAAAGAAGGGAGCAAGCCAAGAUACUUCAUUACCAGUGGAAAUAAAUUCAGCAUCUUCAGAAAAUACACUCUGUUUUUGGGCUACAAAAGUCCUGUGUACUCCAGACCCACAAGAAAAGGUGGUCUUGACCAGGCAAGUGCAAGGUUGGUGGGACACUGGGAAAAUAACAGAGAUCGGUGAGUGCACUCCGCCAGCUCAGCCAAGUAGGAUGGACAAUCUGACCGUGGUGGAGCCGGGCAAAAUUAAACGUGGCAAAGGAGGCACUCAGGCAAGCAGGAUCGCUUUGCUUCAUUCUUUGGCCAACAUCGAGCAGUGGGCUAUUGAUCUGUCAUGGGAUGUGAUCGCUCGAUUCUCUACAGUAACACUUGGUUCUGGUGACUCACUUCCACGGCAGUUCUUCAGUGACUUUGUCAAAGUAGCUGGGGAUGAGGCCAAACAUUAUGAUUUAUUAGAACAAAGGAUAGAGGAACUUGGUAGUUCUUUUGGUGCCCUUCCAGUACAUAACGGUCUGUGGCAGUCGGCAACAGAAACUUCCCAGGACGUUCUGGCUAGACUGGCAAUAGUGCACAUGGUCCACGAGGCUAGGGGCUUGGACGUACACCCUCAGACGCUGUCCCGCUUUGCUGCACAGGGGGAUACAGCAUCUGUGAAGGUUCUGGAGGUGAUCUACGCCGACGAGAUCACGCAUGUGGCUGCAGGACUCCGCUGGUUCAGCUACAUCUGCUCCAGCGAGGGGCGGGAUUGCUUGACGACUUUCCAUGACCUGGUUAAGUUGCACUUCAAAGGUUAUUUGAAGCCCCCGUUCAACGCAGAGGGGCGGAAGUCAGCAGGGAUGACUGAGGAGUGGUAUGUUCCACUUGUUAAGCCCUCCAACUGACUGAAGACCUCCACCAGCACUUCAACCGCAGCGCAGAGCUUCUUCACUCCAUCCCUCAUGUCCAGCGUACAUUCACUCUGCCAUCAUUUCCAUUACAGUGAUGUUGUUUACUUGCCUGGUUGUUGUUGUUUAUUUAUGUGCCCCCAAUUUUUUUCCCCAUUAAAUAUGCUAUGUAAAUUUUAUCAUCUUGGAUAUUUUUAAACAACAAAUGCAUGCAUGAUAUUCAGAGAAAUUUCUUAUCAAUGGACGUUUUUGAAAAGCCAUAUUUUUUUUCUCAAAAAAAUUGAUUAUCGAUUGUAUGCAAAAUAUAUAAUAUGGUCUAAUAAAUACUAUAGUGUUAUAGUGUUCAUUGUUUUUAGGCAUUGUGAAAUGUGAAGUAGAUUUCAAACCGUUUUCCAAAUACCCUCAAAGAUCACUAUACAGGCAAAAUAAAGAUUAUGGAAAAUAUUA